AAUCGCCGCGAUUUUGUCGCCCAUGAAAAGGAUCCCUAUGGGUCCCAUACUCUCUUUGGCCACGGCUUAGAAACAAAGGUGGCCGUCGAUCGAUCAAAGUGCAAGUAGUGCAACACGCUGGCUACGAGUAGAGAGAAUCAGAGAAGUCUCUCUGUUACAAGCGUACAACUGCUUACAACUACAACCAGCCUUACAGGGCCUUUACUUUAUAAUCUGUGGGCCUUACUAGCCCGUUACAAGUUCUUCAAGAAGCUUUCAGAACGGCAACGCUGUUCAACGUUGUAGUCGUGAUCGUGAAUGAAAUCUAUUUGCAUCAUUAUUACUAUUAAAAAGUCACAUAAAAACAAAUUAACUUGUUUGGACCUCUGACGAAGACUAGGGACGGAUAUGAUGAAGUCGAUAUGCAUUUUAGCCUUUAUUGCUGUUGUCGCGAUAUUACCUGCAGCUAAAAGCGGAAUAACAUGGAACGGCGGCUCCAGGUACGGUGGCGACAUUUACCAUGGACUCAUGAAGGAUCAGAGUAAUGUCAAAUACGAGACAAGGACGGAUCAGAAGCAGGUGGAGUCGGUGCCCAGGAACGAGUCGACCGUGCGUCCAAUUUGGAAGCCGUUCCUGUCAGCCUGGGGGAUCAUCGCGCUGAUCAUAGGCGUCAUCAUAUUCAGUACGAUAACCUAUUAUGCCAUCAUUCUAUAUCCAUAUUUAUGCAAGAAGGAGAGGACCUACGACAUCAUAGGGUUAACGGAUGUUAAUUCUGUGUGUACUGACAACGCCAACAAUGUGUCACAUCCUCUAAGAGUAUUUUGCGAACCGAACAAUGUGUCAAUAGAUGUGUCGAACAAUGCAUCACUGAAUCGAUAAGAGAACAAACUGAUAACUCAGACAUUUAUUUUGUAAGCGCAGAUUUUUUACCUAGAGUUACAGUAUUUUUGUACGAGUUUAAUAGUAAUUAAGUUUCAUAUCAGCUUAACUCACUGCCAUAAGGUCUUUUAGGGAGUAGAAAGAUAUAAGAUUCUGAUACAUACACGUUUUCGAUGCACAUGACACUUCCGAGUUAAUUUUCAUUUCACAUUCAUAGGUAUAAAAAAUUUUUUGAUGACUCCUUAUAUGUACUUUGACAUCUCUAGAAAGUAUUGGUAUAUUGUUUAUUAUAAAAAACAUGGCAUAUAAAAGCGUAUAAUUAAUUAUACAUGUAAGUUAUUUACUACUGAAAGAAGACUGAGGAAAUCUAGAAUCUUUAAGGAAUUAAAUUCUUCUUUGAAAAUUGUGAGUUUUAUUUUAUUGAUAUUAUUAGGAAAAUUUUUGACAUUUUUUAAUGUAAAUUUUUUCAUUCUGACAAAAUUAUCUCUUUAAUUUUUUGUGAUAAUGUGUAAAAUAUUAACAAUCAAUUGGCAAUAAAAGUGGUAUACACAUCUAGAUAUAAUCUUGUAUGACUUAUGAGUUUUAUAAAGAAAUCAGUUACAAAAAAA